AGGGGGAGGAGGAAGAGGAGGAAGUGAGCCCGAAGGAUCCGCUCAGAGCUGUUUGUCCAGCUGUUUCUAUUCGCACCCAGGGCAGCACAGCCAGGAGGGGGCCGAGCCGAGGGUGGCUGGCUUUAGGCGCUAAUUUCCAACUCCCCUCGCAGCUUGUGUUUUCCAGACACCCUGGAGUCCCCUCAGGCUAGCCCGGCGGGCGCGCACCUGCCAGCCGACCCUGACCUCGAGGGCCAAGCGGCCCCCAAGCCUGAGAAGAUGGCCCAGCCCAAGACCGACUGCCGCUCACCUGUCGGUCUCGACUGCUGCAACUGCUGCCUGGACCUGGCCCACCGGAGCGGGCUCCAGCGGGACAGCAGCGGAGAAAACAGCAAUCCGGGCAGUCCUACCGUGAGCAACUUUCGGCAGCUGCAGGAGAAGCUAAUCUUCGAGAACCUCAACACCGACAAGCUCAACAGCAUAAUGCGGCAGGAUUCGCUAGAGCCCGUGCUGCGGGACCCCUGCUACCUGAUCAACGAGGGCAUCUGCAACCGCAACAUCGACCAGACCAUGCUCUCCAUCCUGCUCUUCUUCCACAGUGCCUCUGGAGCCAGCGUGGUGGCCAUAGACAACAAGAUCGAGCAGGCCAUGGAUCUGGUGAAGAAUCAUCUGAUGUAUGCUGUCAGAGAGGAGGUGGAGAUCCUGAAGGAGCAGAUCCGAGAGCUGGUGGAGAAGAACUCCCAGCUGGAGCGCGAGAACACCCUCUUGAAGACCCUGGCGAGCCCAGAGCAGCUGGAGAAGUUCCAGUCUCGUCUGAGCCCCGAGGAGCCGGUUCCCGACACCCCACAGGCGCCCGAGGCCCCUGGUGGUUCUGCGGUGUAAGUGGCUCUGUCCUUAGGGUGGGCAGAGCCACUAAACUUGUUCUACCUAGUUCUUUCCAGUUUGUUUUUGGUUCCCCAAGCGUCAUCUCACGUGGAGAACUUUACACCUAGCAUAGCUGGUGCCAAGAGAUGUCCUGAGGACAUGGCCACCUGGGUCCACUCCAGUGACAGACCCCUGACAAAGAGCAGGUCUCUGGAGGCUGAGUUGCAUGGGGCCUCGUCACCCCCCGCCAGUGAGCCUCUCCUGCCACCGUGCCCUGGGGGCUCCCAGGGCCUGGGCAACUUAGCUGCAACUGGCGAAGGAGAAAUGUAGUGUGAGAUGUGACGCCAGUUUACUCCAGAAAGCAUAAGGGGUCUGUUUUUGUUGUUGUUGCUUUUUGUUUUUCAUUUCCAUGGACAUCUUCAGCAGCUUCACCUGACAACGACUGUUCCUAUGAAGAAGCCACUUGUGUUUUGAGCAGAGGCAACCUCUCUCUUCUCCCCUGCCUGGCCAGGGCAGGGCCACAGAUAGGAGAGAUUGAGCCAAGUCAGCCUUCUGUUGGUUAAUAUGGUCUAAUGCAUGGCUUUGUGCACAGCCCAGUGUGGGAUUACGGCUUUGGGAUGACCGCUUACAAAGUUCUGUUUGGUUAGUGUUGGCAUAGAUUUCUAUAUAGCCAUACAUGCGUAUAUAAACCCAUAGGGCUAGAUCUCUAUCUUAGUGUAGCGAUGUAUACGUACACACACACACACACACACACUUGUGUGCUGAAGGGCCUAACCGGCUUUGGGGUAUCAACUGGUCCCUUAUCUCUUCAGGCUAAUCCUUUGACUGUGUUCAUUUACCAAGUUGGUCCGGUUUGUCCUUUAUGUUACGUAAGACUACAGAGUAGAGGCGGGGAGGGGGCUGGCCUCUGAAUGUGGCCACAGAUGCCUCGCCGCUUCAGCCCUUGCCCCAUCUGUCCCCGGAAGACACGGGAGGGGACAGCCUCUGCCUCAUCUGUCCCCUGAAGACACGGGAGGUCCCCUCUCAAAUGCCAAACCCACCAUUCACUGGUGCUGACUACACAGAAUGGGGUUGAGAGAAGACCAGCCAGGGCCUUCACAUUGUCAUGCAAAAACUUUUGUUCUUUAACGUUUGUGGAAAACUCUAGAGUGAACCGAAGGAUUGGCUUGCUAGCGUCCCCUUGGGGACAAGGCAUGGACCAGGGGAUGGCUUUGAUCCAACUGGUGCCUGGGUGAUGUGCUCAGGGAGCUUGUGUCGAGGGAGGGGGGGUUCUGCGGCAGUGAACACUUUCCACUUUCCGACACCUUAUCCUGAUGUUAUGUCUCCAGGAUUUGGAUUUGGAUUUGGAUUUUUCAAAUGUAGCUUGAAAUUUCAAUAAACUUUGCUCUUUUU